UUAUAUCCAUCCCAUCCGUAUCCUCCCUCUCUCCUCACUUUCUCCUCGCACCUCUCCAGCGCCUCCUCGCAUCUCUCUCUCGCCUCAACCAACUACCAACCAUCAUCCACAUCCACCAUCUACGCCUCGCCCUUCUUGUCACUCCCCCGCAUCACACGACAUCUCGCACACGCCCUCGCCCACAGCUCAACGUCAGCCGACACUUUGCCCACCUCUCUUUCCUCACCCCCACACCAUGGUGGGCGUCCAAGAACCUAAUCGACGCCGCGUCUCCUACAUCAUUCCACCCCCAGAUCAUGAGCCCGUCACCUUAGAGCUGCCUGGCUUCGGCGCCGCCCCAGGCGGCGACGCCCGCUCCUACCCCUACAUCAAGCCCAAGGCAGGCGUCGGGAACGGUGCCGCCGCUUUUGGAAGCAGAAAUCCAUUUGCGAGCCCUUCCCCACCGCCGCAGCAACAGUCACGACACCCGCGACACCGCCUAGGCAUCUCGACUCUUGCGCUGGACACGUCCACCGUACUGCACGGCACCAACGCUCCGGGCGGCAUACUCUAUACCGGCGGACGCGAUGGAUUGGUAGCUAGUUGGGAGACACAUGUGCCGCACACCCGCAGGCGCGGAAAGCGGUACCGCCCUGUUCCGGGGCGAGGGACGGGCGGGCGUGUGCGGUGGGAGCGACUAGGCGAUGGCGGCGCAGACUGGGAGGAUGACGAUGGGGAUGACCAGGGCGCCUACUACAGCUCGUCAGAGGAUGAGGAGGGAACUCCGGAUGCCUCGGGAGCGCCCAAAAAGCGGAAAGACGUCACUUACGAGGACCGCUGGGAGGUCGAUCAUGCAGCCAUCGCGAGACAGGCUCCACCGCCAACGACGUUCCGUGAGAGCGUGCAAACGCACACGGACUGGGUGAAUGCCAUGGUUCUUUGCAACAUGAAUCAGACAGUCAUCACUGCUUCUUCUGAUCGCACGAUUCGUGCAUGGAGCCCGCAUGAUUGCGACGACGAUACCGUGCCUGCCCUCAUUGGGCAUCACACCGACUACGUGCGCUCGCUCGCGUUCGCGCGCCAUCCGGGCGUUCUAUUCUCCGGCGCGCUCGACCGCGAUAUCUCUGUGUGGGACAUUGCGUGCCCAAAGCCCAACGAGCCAGUCCUGAAGGUGCGCCUGAGCGAAAUCGACGACCACGGCGGGUCCGGCCUCGAAGGCGAGUGGGGUAGUAUCUACGCGCUUGGUGUCGACCCAGCUGGUCACUCUUUAGCGGCUGGCACGCCCGAGCGUGUUGUGCGUCUGUGGGAUCCACGCGCUGGCGAGCGAUCCGUUACGAAGCUCGUCGGCCACACUGAAUGCGUGCGCUCCAUCCUCUUCAGUGACGAUGGGCGGUACAUGCUCACAGGAAGCUCAGACACGACCAUUAAGCUCUGGUCGGUCGGCGAGCAUCGCUGCUUGCAUACUUUCAACCACCACACCUCGUCCGUGUGGUCGUUGUUCUCGACCCACCCGAAUCUCGAACGGUUCUACUCGGGCUCGCGCGACGGCCAUCUCUGUGUGGUCGAUGUCGAGCAGUGCGGAGACAUGUCAGAGGGAGAAUGUCUUGUCCUGGCGAGAGAGGGCGAGCCGGGCGUCCCAGGCGAUUACGAGAGCAAAACGGGCGAUGAGGCCAUCCGCUCCAUCUGCGCAAUGGAUGACGAAUACGUGUGGACGGCGACGUCGAGCUCAGAUGUUCGCUGCUGGCGCGACGUCGGGCGUCGCGUCAACCGCUUGGACGCGGAUCACGACGGCGCGUCGUAUCAACGUGAGCUGGAUGAUGGCGCCGACGAGCCGCUUGUCUCCACGCACCUUGGCUCGGGCUUUGAGCCGACAUCGAUCAUGGACCCCAACCCCCUUCGUAACAAGCGCUUGUCGCUUGAUGACGCAGCCGAGCCGCUGAUGCGCACCGAUAGCCGUGACUCGAGAACAAUUGCCUUCGCUCCUUCUCCCGUAACCCGUCCAGAGGGAGGUAGCCCUACCCUCGGCCCUACCUCUCCACCUGCAUCUCCCGGUAAUCUUCCUUCUGGUGUGCGCGAGCGUCUCAACAAUUCUGGUUACCGCCGCUCGACAUUGUCGGGCGCCAGCAUCCCCAACUCGAUACUGUCCGAGGACGACGAGGAGGGCGUGCUGCUUCAUGGAAUCCCAUACGAGAGCUUGGUGUGCCUUGGCCUUCCAGACUCGCCUUACUCCUUUGGCCUGUCUCAUGCGGGCAUGUCAGCUGCAUCUCUAGCAUCUGGACGGGGCCCAGAGGACUUGCCCGAAACCGCCACGCGGGAACGUACGAUGAACCCACGGGACAUUGCGCGGCGCGCGUUCGAGGACCGCGAGAUCACAAGCGAGGCCAAGCCGUACCGCCGGGAGCCAAUUGAGGUCAUAAAGGGGUCUCCAGGUCUGAUCCGCAGCCUGUGUCUCAACGACCGUGUGCACGCGCUUACACUUGACACAAAGGGCGAGAUUGCGUUAUGGCACCUUAUCCGCGGCGAAUGUCUCGGUCGCUUCUCACCAGAGGAUGUGGCCGAAGCGCUCACACUCGAACGCGGCGUCACAGACGUGCGUCAGGAGAUAAAACUGCACCCGCAAGAAGUGCUCGAGCUUGUGCAGCGCCGCAUCGAGGGGAAGAACAGUGUAUUACCAUGGUGUCAGCUGGACACCAAAGUGGGCCAAAUCACGGUUCAUCUUGAGGGUGACCGUGUGUUCUCGGCUGAGAUUCUGGCCGAAGAGAUCGGACUCGACGAGCACGAAUUGGAGGAUUCGAACGCGAUCAACAUUGGCAAGACCACAUUAGCCAACCUCUUCCGAGGCCUCAUAAAGGCAGAGCAAGAGGAUAUAGCUAGCACGUCGCCGACCAGCGCGACAUCCUCGCUACCCAGCGUCGGCCGGAGCCCGCAAACGCCCCUGCACAUCCCCAUCAAGUCGCCUCGACACCGGCAACGUGCACUGAGCAAUGCCUCGCUUGGUGGCGGCAUAACACCGAGUAUAAACAUAGCUGGCCUUGCGACGCGCGCGCAGACACCUGCCAUACGACCAGAAGGCACGCCUCUCGGGCAGAGUGCCCCUGCCGCGAGCGGGUGGCUGUCUCUCCCGGCAGUGAAGGCGGCGAGCAUCUCGCCCGCUGCGCCGGGGAUGAGCUCGCCAAGCGCGAGCAACCACAUAACUCCAGGCAGCGUGCCGGCAAGUCGCGACUACUUCUCCCUUCGAAAGGACGCGGGCAGUGGAGACAAGACGCCGUCGUCUGUCACGCCGGUGACACCGGCAAGCACCGAAAAGGACAAGAGCUCGGGCGGGCUGUUGAAGAAGGGCUUCAAGGGCUUCGGCAAGAAGAAGACGGUUGAGGCACCGAUGGCCACUGUCACCGAGAGCAAGCGUGAGGAGAAGACCGAGGAAGUGUCCAAGCUUUCAGACCGGGACCGGCAGCAGCUCUUGUUCCUCGACAUGGUGCGAAGUCGACCCUUCGCGCCGCCGAGCGGGACGGAUGCGCCGGCGCUCCGUAUCCCGCCGAGCACGCACGUGAUCAUCAGCGAGCAGGCGCACGCGGACGGAGCGUACAUCGUCACGUACCGCUCGACGGUGGGGAGCACGGAGCGGGACAUCGAGCCACUCGAAAUGAACAGCCCCUUCUGGCUGCUCAACUUCCUUUUUACUUCCGCGACGCCGCAGGAGCGGCAACCGCCCAAGAUCGCGCUCAUCCUGCUUCCGGAAGGCGUGCCCCGCGACUCGGGCAAAGGGCUGAAGGUGGCCGCGAGCCGCACCGCGCGCGUCCGCGGCGUCUUGGAGCACCUCCAAGGCGUGCUCUCGCGCGAGGAUGGGCGAGAACGCGCUCUGUCCGAUGCGAGCGCUAUGAGCGGCUUGCCCGACACUCCCCGAAAGAGGCCAGAGGACACGCUCGAGCUGUUGUGUGGACAGCACAUCGCAGAUCCGGACAUGAAGGUGUCGACAUUGAAGCAGUACUACUGGAAGGGCGGGCCGGACAUGAUCCUCCACUACCGAUCUAAGGCAUAGAGCAGCUAGAAUGCACAUGUAUGUCAAGGGGGCUGAUUGGCAGUGGGUAUACACAGCUCACUGAUGCGCACACUCAUUCAUCUCGAUUUUCUAUAAAUUCUCGAUCAGAUCCUCAAGCCUGCAGGCCUCAGUAAUCUACGGUCCAAAGCACGCAUCCGGAGAGUGACCAGCAUUCUGCCCUUCACCCAUCACAAUGCUCUCCCUGAUUGUCGGCGUAACAGACAGUCACAGAUACUUGCAAGCCCUUGCGGUGCAUCUGCCAGAUUGUAAUCGAU